AUGUCAGAUCAGCAGACAAUGAUAAUGAAGACAUCUUCACAUACAGCAGCAUCUGGGAGGCGAGAGAAACAAGAAUGGAACAGAAUAGUGACAAUUAAACAGUGCAGCAAGAACAAUAAAGCAAAAAUGCUGACAUUUAAUGUCUCAGUUCUGGACACCUGCCCAGAUGAUGUUGACCAGAAGAGAAGCACUGUGGUGGCUAUUCAUGGUUGCCCUGGUACGGGAAAUGACUUUAAGUCACUUGCAAGAAAGUUGCAUGAGAGAGGCAUUCGUCUUGUUGCUCCUACAAGCUUGGGAAUGACUGGUAGUCCAAUCACAUUGGACCAGCUGAGCAAGGUUGACUUCACUACUGAAGGAAGAACAAAAACUUUGCAUUUGACUCUUGAAGCUAUGAAUAUCCACAGGAUAGACAUAUUGGUAGGGCACAGUGCUGGAGCCUGGACAAUGUACAAAGCUGGGGCUAGCUGGGAGAAUGUUAGAUGCCUCUUUGGCAUUAAUCCAGGAGGUCAUAAGCCAAACAGGACUUUACGACCGUUUUCUGUUGAUAAAGAUAUUUGCAGCUGCUUUGCAUUGGUCCUUUGGAAGGCUCAUUAUCAAACCUUUUCUGGCUUACGAUUUAAAGGUAUAACAACAAAUGGUGAUGGAAUUAAUCUGAUUGCAUCACAGCAGUAUGUCACCCAACAAGAAUUUGCAAAUGUUCCUCUGAAUGCAGGAGUUGUGAGAAGUAGAAAACUGCCUGUCCUGUUCACCUAUGCCCUGAAUGACAAGAUAGUGGAGCCUGUAAUCUGUUCCGACAUGGCCUACAAUGUUUUGGGGAUCCCCAAGGAAAACACAGUCAUGUACACAGAUGACAAGACACCAAGCAGAAAUCCUUUCUUUGUUCCUGAAGGAUGGUUGACAAGAUGUUUGAUUUUUGCUCGAGGUGGACACAUAGUUCAUGUGGCACAUGAACAAGAAAUCGUUGAGCAAAUAGAAGACAUAUUAAAACAUAUAAAUAAAACAUAG